AUGGGUAAAUCUUCGAAAAUCGAGAAAAAAUCGAAAAAAGACGGAAAAAAUGGUGGUCCAAAGGCUCCUGAAGGUGCGAAUUCUGGAAAAGCGUCGCGUUUCACGAUGUCCGAGAGGAAUUUGGGUCUGAUGCAGGAGAUUAUUCGAAAAGAUCCCGAGAGUUAUAAAGAGGAAUUCCUGGAGCAAUUCAACUAUUUCGUGCAAACGAUGAAACUUCUCCACCUGCAACCCGAACAGAAUCGUCAGGAGACCCAAUCUCUUCAGGAUUCCGUCCUUUUCCUCUCCGGAUUGGCUAAGCACUAUCCGAAAGAGGCCAAACAAUUCGCGGAUAGUUUGUUCGAGUUGUUGAGAGUACAAGGAGCCGGGUUGGAUGCUGAUGUCCGUAUGUCGUUCUGCAAAGCGCUGGUCCUUCUCCGCAACCAGGACAUGCUGGACCCCAUCGUCCUCCUGGAGACCUUCUUCGAAUUGGUGAAAGUUGAGGAUAAAGUGCUUCGAAAGUUCCUGCUAGCCUCGAUCAGUGCCCAUUUGAAGCGUGUCUAUCAUAAGAAGAAGGAUGUCAAAAUGUUGGGAAGAAUUCAGAAUUUGUGUUUUUCCAAAAUCAAGGAUUCGAGAUCCAUCGUCGCGCGUGCCGCUCAGUUGGUUUGUAUCGAUGCGUUCCGUCGGAAGUUCUGGAGAGACGCUCGUACGGCUAACGUCAUUGCUGACGCUUGUUUCCAUAAGGUUCCCAAGAUUCAGGUGACAUCACUGAAAUUCUUCCUGGGCUCCGAAAACGACAACGGCGAGGAGGGCGACGACGACGACUCGGCGAUCGAUUCGGACGCCGAGGACAAUAAGAAGACGUUGAAAGAGGUGAUGACGUCGUUUCGCAACGUCAAAAAGACAAGAAAACGGGAGAAGAAUGUGGAGAGGGCCAAGAAGAUGAUAAGUAAGAAGAAGAAGCAGAAGAAGGAGGGACGAUCCAAGGAAUGCAAUCUGAUGGCCAUCCAAUCACUCUACGAUCCCCAAGAAUUCACUGAUAAGCUGUUCGGAGCACUCGAAUCCAAGAAAAUGGACAAAUUCGAGGUCAAGGUGCUCAAAAUUGCACUUUGUGCUAGGAUUAUUGGAAUUCAUCGUCUUCACACCCUCAGCUUCUAUUCCUAUCUUCAUAGGUAG